AUGGGCAGUUCUCGCGUUAUUCGUCAUCAGGCAAGUAAUUAUGCCCAAUCAGCUUACCAAUGUCACAUAAAGGAACCACUAUUAUCCCUUUUUGGUAAUGAAAAACAACACUCUUCCGGUACGACAGCCGCUGCGGCAAUUACUUUUCCCCAAAAGCUCAUAAUCGAUCAAUUAACGCGUAAACGAAAAACAAAAAAAAAAAAAAUACGUAAAUUAGGUCUUCAUACGAGCGUUUUUUUUUUUUUGAGGAUCGUUUGCAUGUCUAGCGCGGCAAGCGUGUUUACAGGCAUUCGUUGUGUGUUCAUGUUUAGAACAAAUGCUAAGUGA